CUGGAAAUAGUGCUUAAUGUUAGAUGGAAACAUAGUGACUACAACUAUUCCAUUUAUUGGAACAUUUGCAAAUGUUCCUUAAGUUAUCAUAAGUCUUGAAUAUCUUGAUAUGGGUAUAGGGGGAGAUUUUAGAGUUUAGACUCAAAACAUCAACCAGAAUAGUAAAAAGUUUAUAUACUCUAGGUUUUGAUUUACAUAUUGUAUGCGUAUCAAGUGUUUACAUAUGGAAGCUUAAAUAUUAGUGGUAUGCGAUUGAUGAUAGUCGAAUUUAAGUCAUUAAUAACUUUAACAUGGUGAAUAUAGAUGAUAAAACAUUCGACCACUUGAAUCCAAAUGCUAAUUUUGGAAUAGUAUCCUAUGUCAGCAUGGGAUUGACUGGAAAUAUUGAUUUCAAACUAUCAGUAACGAUCAUGUAAUAUAUAGAUAACCUAAAUUACUACUACUAAGGUUACGGUUGGCAUCACAAAAAUAGAUCAAAAGUUUGUUAAUUUAAACUAAAUAGGAUAUUAAGUGAUAUUAGGGACUCAAGAGGCAUUCUCUGGUUUGUAGGAAAUCUAUCGUACAACUACGUAUAGUAGUGGAACUCUUACUUAAAUACCAAAUAGAUGGUUAUUUAUAACUUACAGUGGACUGGAAGUUAGUUCAUACUUUAGAGAAAGAUUUAUGCGUACAGAAGUUUCCAAAUCCUACAUACUUGAGACCUGUACACUAUGAUAUUUAAUUAGGGGGGGACACAUUCAUCGUGAAUUUUCAUCAAAGAGUUUGGCUAGCUUAUCAAUUUACAACUGAAUUUAAAGCCUUUUGGUGUCUUACUUUAAGAAUAUCUUAAUCCCUUGACAUGUAAGUAUCAUAAAAACCUUAAAUUUAUAUUGACAUCAGUGAAUUAAAUUAAUCAUUUCUAUCAUCGUAAUAUUUAUUACUUGAGAAAACAGUAAACCUUUUAAGUUUCAAAAUAUACAUGAAAUGCAUUAAAACAAAGACAAUUGUUAGUUAGUUUCUGAAAUGUUAGAGUUGCUCAACCAAUAACAAAUAUCAUUCAUUCUCACAUUAUUGCCAUGGAUAAAUUGAUGCUGUAACUUAUUUUCCAAAAUUUUAAUUGAUUGAGUCUUCCUAUAAAGAAAUAAAUAUAUACAUAUCACUAAACAGCAUAAAGAUUACAUAAACCCUAUUUAAUUAGAUUCAAUCUACAGAAACACUAUUAGAAAUAAAAUUUAAUGGUAAUUGA